UUCCGUCCUGCCCUUUCGGCUUUGGCUGCUCUUCUCUUGUGUCCAGCUAACCCAAAGCCGAAGCCUCUCUGGAUAAGCGAUAGUUCUGAAGCUGCAAACAACAAACGAACAAGAAUUAGGGUUUUUGAUUCCCCAAAAUCGAAUUUGAUUUAAAUUAUAAGAUUAUGGCGACCUCUCUUGUCCUCUCUAACCCUACUCUUUCCUCUCCCUUCCUCCCAAACAAACCUAGUAAAUAUGAGCAAAGUACAAACAUUAGAACAGUUUGUUCCCCGAUUUCAAGAAUCCCCAGAAAAUCUCAAAGAAUUAGGUGUGCAGUUGAUGCCCCCUAUGAAGGUAAUAUUCCAAAAUUUACUCGAAUGAAUGUUUGGAAUCCCUAUAAGCGUCUUGGGGUCAGCCCUUAUGCUUCUGAGGAGGAAAUUUGGUCAGCACGCAAUUUUCUCUUGGAGCAAUAUGCUGGAAAUGAGAGAAGUGAAGAAUCAAUAGAGGAAGCUUUUGAAAAGUUGUUGAUGACCAGUUUUAAAGAAAGGAAGAAAACAAAAAUUAAUUUGAAAACCAGGUUAAAGAAGAAAGUGGAGGAGUCUCCACCUUGGGUUAAGAACAUACUCAAUUUUGUGGAACUUCCUCCUCUUGAAGUUAUUUUCAGAAGAUUGUUUCUCUUUGCAUUCAUGGGUGGAUGGAGUAUCAUGACUGCUUCUGAAAGCGGACCUGCUUUUCAGGUUGCAGUCUCUUUAGCAGCGUGCAUAUAUUUUCUCAAUGAGAAGACAAAGAGCUUAGGCAGAGCUUUCACUAUUGGUCUUGGAGCUCUGGCAGCUGGGUGGGUGUGUGGCUCAAUAGUUGUUCCUAUGAUUCCAACAGUUCUACUCCAGCCGACUUGGACGCUGGAACUCAUGACUUCAUUGGUAGGGUACAUUUUCUUGUUUGUUGCAUGUACUUUUCUAAAGUGAAAUAAGGAAGACGCUGCAAUUUUACCUACUAAUACUGAGAAUUGUAUUGAAGCUAACUCGAUUUCCCCAUUCGUUGAUAUUUAUUUUCCUAGAUAGAUUUUGAAUA